AUGUUCUCAAUCACUAGAGAAAUUCUGUUGAAGAAUGGAUCUGCAGUUGACGCUGCCAUUUCAGCCAUGUUUUGUGCUGCUUUGUAUAACUUCCAAAGCUGUGGUGUUGGUGGAGGAUUUUUCAUGAUAGCUUAUGAUAGACCAAAAACUGGCGGACCACCUGAAUUUUUAACUUUUGACGCCAGGGAAGUAGCUCCACUGAAAGCUGAAAAGUACAUGUAUGCAAACGAAACUUUAUCCAAAUAUGGUGGUUUGUCAAUAGCUGUCCCAGGCGAGAUCAAAGGCUACCACGAAGCCUGGUCGAAGUUUGGUCGUCUGCCAUUUUAUGAUUUAGUUAAACCCUCUAUAAAGUUAUGCAAGGAAGGGUUUAAAAUAAGCCACCAACUUGCUCGGGCCAUAGAGAAUGAGGAGACAUUGGUCAGGAGUUCUCCUGGAUUGAGUAAACUUUUUGUGAAUGAACAUGGCCAUCUGCGUAAGAAAGGGGAAGUAAUAAAGUUAGAGAAAUUGGCAGUGACCUUGGAACAAAUAGGCAAAAACCCCAACAGCUUUUAUGAGGGUGAUUUAGCUAGAAAUAUAGUGGAUGAGUUGAAGGAAGUCGGUGGAAUAAUUUCCGAUAUGGACUUGACAAAAUACAGCGUCAAAAUGAAAAAGCCGUUCAUGGCUGAACUGCCGAAGAGCAAAUUAAAUAUUUACACCCUCCCCCCGCCGUCUGCAGGACCUAUCCUCUCCUUCAUGCUCAGGCUCAUGGACAGUUUCAAUCAGUCUUAUAAUCCAUCUUACACACCCGUUGACGCAUAUCAAAUUCUUGUGGAAACCCUUAAGUUUGGAUAUUCUCUGAAGACACACCUGGGCGAUCCCGAGUUUUACGAUGUCACUAAAGUUCUUGCAGAUAUUCUGUCAGACGAGUACAUUGAAUCCAUCCACAAAUUAGUGACCCUGAGAGAGACGCACGAUUACUCAUACUACAAUCCACAUCCUGGCUUCCACGAGCUUCGUGAUGCGGGUACGUCUCAUAUCGGCGUCGUGUCUCCUGAUGGCGGUGUCGUAGCUGCCACAACCACCAUCAAUCUUGUAUUUGGAUCCGGAGUCAUUGGAAAUCGCACAGGCAUUUUGUAUAACGACGAAAUGAAUGACUUCAGUUUGCCCGUGUUAAAGCCUCAGUUUGGAGAAGGAAACUUCAUAGAAGCGCUAAAGAGACCUCUCUCGUCCAUGGCCCCAUCCAUCCUGCUCGACCAUGAUGGCAACUUCAAGUACGUCAUUGGCGGAUCCGGUGGCACCAAGAUAACUUCCGCUGAAUUAUAUGUCCUUGCAAAUAGACUAUGGUCAGGACAUAAGAUAAAUGAGGCUGUUGAUAAAUUGAGAUUGCACCAUCAAUUUGUACCCAACCACAUCCUUUACGAACGGGGAUUUGAUCAAAAAAUACUUGAUGAGUUGAUUGAUAUCGGUCAUGACGUGAAGCGAAUGAGGAAAAAUGCCACAAUGUCCGUCGUUCAAGUCAUUGAAUCUACUUGCCAUCUGAAGGUCAACAAGAAGUGUCUUAUUGCUGUUUCAGAUUAUAGAAAAGAAGGAAAACCAGACGGAUUUUAAAUUUUUUUGAAAUUCAUAUUUGAUGUAAAAUUUUUACUUAUUUAUUGUUUUACACAAUUAUUCAUUUGUGAUGAGUUCAAGACAUAUUAUAUUUUCCUGAAAAAAA